GCUGCAUCUCGCCAACGUACACCCACGACGGAUGGAGAUCCUCAGCGACUUGUACUUGAGCAAGCCUGACACGGAGGAGAUCAACCUUCAGGGGGCCGACUUGCGGUCCCUGGACGUCGAGCUCCCCCUCCUCAAGCAAUUCAAGGAGCUUCGGCACUUAGAUGUGAGCCACAACCAGCUGACCGAACUGCCGAUCGAGUUGGCCGAGCUCUCGCGCCUCGUGGCUCUCGACGUGUCCAACAACCCUCUUGGGGCAUUGCACCGCGUGCUUCCAGUGCUCAAGUUGUUGCCAUCUUUGAAGAGCCUCGGCAUCACGAUGGUCGAUCCGGCAACCGAAGAGCCACUGAUCCUCGCUGCACUUCCAAAGCUUCGUAUUUUAAAUGCCAUGCCGCUGUCGUUUUCGUCGUCGCAGCCCGAACAACGACGGCAGAGCAACACGGCGACCCCCACUCUGCAGUUUACAGCGCCCGGCGACUCCCCCCUGCCGACGGACCAUGUACAAAACGUUGCGAGUAUUCUGCAUGUGCUCAAGGGCAUCGGCAUCCCUGUUCCACCCGGCUCCGAAGAAGACCAGCGAGUGUCGCGCAUGUUUGAGCAACAAGUUGCUCUGGUUGGUAUGUCCCUCAAGCAUGAUCUGCAACAUAUUUCCCCGACCGCACAUCCUGAACAUCAGACGACAGCGGCCGUCCUCCUGGCCAAAUUCAAAAUUGUGGCCGCGUGCUCGAGCUACGCGACGCAAAAGGCUGGCGAAUGCGCGCCGGAGCUUGGGCUAGCUUUCCAAACGCUGAAUGUUCUGCAGCAAGACAUUGUGACUGGAUUGCAUACAUUAUCACAACAGCUCCUGCGGGAGGUGCAAGCUCCUCCCCCCCCACCCACGCCAACGAUGGAUUCAACUCAGAUCAAGCAGUUGCUCGAAGUUGCGGAAGGGCUAGAGGCUGACGUUCAACGCGGGGCACAAGCCCUCGCGAACGAGCAGCGGAGGACGACCCAACUGGAGGCCGAGAUUCGCAAGCUCCGAAAGGAUCUCGCUGCUGCCAAAUCCACUGCCGCCCAACUACCGCCGUCGCCAAACCGAGCGAGCCCACCCAAGGAAUCGAUCCGUGCAUCGAGUAUUAUUCCCCAGCGCGCGACAGCGUCGACUGUGACCAAGUCUACAAAUCCCCCGGGAAAACCACCGACCGGAGUAAACGCGCCCCCGUCGAUCGUCGGGACCAACACGGCAGCGGUCAAAAACUUGAGUCUCAAGCAGCUCAAAGACCUCAUCGAAGCCAUCUACGCGUCCAAGCGCAAGUUCGACCAAAUGAAUUACGACGCCCGCGCCCCCAAAGAAACGAUGGAGCAGCACAUGUACACGUACCUGAACCAGCGGUUUGGUUUACAUGCCCUGAUCGUCGAGUACGCGAGCGCGAUCAUGAAGGUGGCGUCAUGUUUUUUGGUUGACCCAUUCGACGACAUCAUUCGUUCGCAGGGCUGCGCGCGGUAUGGGUCGGUCGACUGUGACGUUGCAACGUUCCUCCACUUGGUACGGAACGAGAUCGACGAAGGGUACCUGCGCCUCAAGCAAAAGCUGGAAGAUACGGUCGUUGCGCUGCUACGGGCGCAUCUUCGAGGGAUGCAUCCCCGCAAAUCGGAAGGAACGAUUACUCAACUUUUGCAUGCCAAACUCACGUCGGCCACGCACUUGAGCCGCGAAGAAUGGCAGUCGGUGGUCACGUACAUGUACGAUGCGUGCGACGCAGCCGAGCUCGUGGCUAUCAUCGACGCCCGAAGCAGGCAAACGGGUGUCGCGGGCAUCGACUUUCAAGUGUUUCGAAAGAUCCUGCUCAACUACCAGCUCCAGGGACGACUCAACUUGCUCACGGAGUUCAGCCGCCAGUUCCAAGGCGUUGACGUCGACCGAGUUGGCAUCCUCAAGCGCGUAAGCUGCGGUGCUACAUGCAGGGGGCUUGUCGUCAUGGCAGCACUGUCUUGUCGUAGCGCGACUUGAUCGAUGUGAUGUUGAAUUUGACACCGUACAAGGUUGUUCUGGACCCAUGACUGGACGCUGCGAUUGCUCUGACUUGCUUGUAGACUCAAGACGAGAUCGCCCAAAUCAUCCAGCAAGUCGACCCCCACGAGCACGACUGCAUCACAUUUACCGACGUACUAUCGUUGCUAGCGUGCUUAUCACGGACUGCUUCACGGCGACUCAUAGGCGGUCGAAGCGUUGUUCAAGGACAUUCGGAUGUCGCGGCAAAAGUCCCUUGCGUCGAUGGCCAACCGCCAUGGCCAGGACCCGCCCCCUCCACCAUCCGCUCAGGCGUGUGAAUAGCCUAGUCGACCAACGAUCGAACGGGCAACCUCCGCUGAGACGUCGCACUUGUCUCCACAGCUGCUCUCCAUGUCUUAUUGUCUCUGGGCCAACCCGACGGCAACCACAACUUCAACCUCCGUCUGAGUAGUCGAGCCAUCGUCGUGCCACGUAUAGUAUGACCAUCCACACGGCGCUUGACUUCAACUUGCACUUCUCGCCCGAGUCGAGGAAAUCCCUUGUUUCGAGUGAAAUCCGGAUAAUGUUGCAACCCCACCGACAACUUCCCCACAAAUCGCACAUCGAAACCACAA